CUGCUGUCUGGUGGCCGCGUUCAAUAAAUAAAGUUGGCAGAAGCAAAGGGGGAAGUUUCCUUCUUUGCUUCGGAGCUGAAUAACACUGACAAGUUAACAGACUAGUAGCGAACGGAAAAGAAGACGGCUUUGUUUGUGUCAAAUACAGAAGAUGAGGACUUUGAUGGAUUUGUGGAUGAGGAUUGAUGAAAAAUAACCUAGUUCCUGGAUUCGCUGAAAUGACGUUUGAAGGUAGAAAAAAAGAGGCUACAAACUACAACCAGUCCUACAAGUCGAUAACAGAGCAGGACAGAGAAUGAUGGCACGUCUGCAUAAAACGUUAUUUCCUCCCCGUUCUGUUAUACGUAGCCAAGAUGGCAACAACUGAGGGCCGGAAGUGUCCAUCGCUGCACACUCCCCAUUUUCAGCGUUCUGAGUGCAACAUCUUGACCCUGACAGUGAACUGCUUUUUGACAUACUGUACUUCAUACUGUGAACUAACUUAUGCAUUCCAAAUGCUAUUUGUAAAUAUGGAAGUGUGCCAAUUGAGACAGCCUUAGUUUGCUAAUGUUAUUUCUGUUUCUUCACUUCCAUAUGUUUGUAUUGUUUCCUAAACUUGCUGAUAUUACUGGAGUUUUUUCCUCUCUCCAUACCAUAGUUUUACUUCACCUAUUGAUAUGAUAAAAGUUUCAGGUAUUAUUAUUACACAUUUCAUGACACUUUUGAUGCACGAUUACACUUUAUUUAAAAACUUUCAUGAAAAUGUAUAAGGGAUAUAAUUAGUUUAAUUAAGGAUAGAAAAAUGUUAAAAAUGGGAGGGACACUGUGAAUAUAUGUGUCAAAGUAUUUGUAAUAUUUAAUAAUAGUACCUGAUAGAAGCUUGUAUGGCAAAAUAGAAAAAAUUUAAAAUGUUUACGCUGCUGAAAUUUGACUCAAGCACUAGUAAAAUACAGGUCUAAAAAGUUACAAAAAAGUACAAGGAAAAAAGUAACUUUUAAGGUUGGUCUGCUGUGUACUGUAAGUCUUGCUCGUGUCUUGCUCGUGUUCUUUAAUGAAGUACUGUAACCCCAUUGAAUUUAUUUUCCUUUCUAUAGUUUUCUAUCCAAUGAAGGAUAUGAUGUAAAUGUAACGUAAUGCAUUACUGUAAAGAAAAAAAAGGGUACAAAUAUUUUUUUAAAAGCCCAAUUAAAGUAACGCGAGUAACGGAAUAGGUGGAAAUAGAAUGAAUCGGGAAGUGUUCUUGUUCCCUCAAUGGGCUCCUAAUUCUGUUUAACACUACAACUCCCAUGAUGCACCGUCAGCAGAAGAGCUGCAUUCUUGGUCGACUUGCUCACUUGACACACACGGCGAAUAUCUAACAUAACUACGUUGAAUUUUGAGACCCCGUCAAGCGUCAAGAAACAUUUUCCGCAAGCGAAUUUGUGUCCUGCCGGGUUUAUUGCCUUUAUCUGUCGACAUGGGCAAUGGAAUCAAUAAGGUCCUGCCUGACUUAUAUUUGGGGAAUUUCAGAGAUGCAAGAGACCGAGAACAGUUAGCCAAGAACAACAUCACCCACAUCCUGUCCAUUCAUGACAGUGCAGCACCCAUCCUCCAGGAGAUGACCUAUCUCUGCAUUUCAGCGGCCGACCUGCCCACACAAAACCUGACUCAGCACUUUAAAAAAAGUAUCAUGUUCAUGCAUGAGUCCCGACUGAAAGGAGAAGGCUGCCUGGUUCACUGUCUGGCAGGUGUGUCCCGCAGCGUCACCCUGGUGGUGGCCUACAUUAUGACAGUGACGAGUCUGGGCUGGAAGGAGGCUUUGGCCGCCGUGAGGGUGGUCCGUCCCUCUGCUGGUCCAAAUCUGGGCUUCCAGCACCAGCUGCAAGAGUUUGAGGCAACUCAAGUUGAUGAAUUGAGAGAGUGGCUUCAUAAGGAAUAUAAGGACGCUUUUAACGAUGAGGCUGAUAUACGGGAGCUGCUUGCCAGAGCCUCGAAAGUCAUCGACGAGAAGGCGGAAAACCAGGAAUCAACCCCACAGGAAGCCCUCUAAGAUCAUUUGGAAGGGCUGCCACCAUCUUGCUACACUGUGAAACCACCAAUCAAGUCUGGACUUUUGUCAUGACCAAGAACACAUCCAUGUUAAGAGCCAUAUGACGCAUUCAUGGUUUUUUGCAAUGAAUUGAUUGACAUUUCUGGUGCACUGUUGGCCUAACUUAUACAUUGUGUGCACUGUGUGUGUUGUUAAAUACUGUGGCACUCUGAAUUCAAAUUUGGAUAUAUUGAAAAACGUUUGUGAGUUUUAAUACUGGUAAGACUAAAGUGCUGUGUGCCGAUAAAGUGGUAGCCCUUAUUCCUGUUUUCUCAUGUGGAAGGGAGGUGAUGCAUGACAAUCAACAAAAACAUCAAGACUGUUUUUUCAUCAGACUGCGGUACAUAUCUUCAAAAUGGCUAUAAAUAAGCAACAUUGACAUGGCUUGCCGCUUGGGGGCAGUAAACGUAGAAAAAUCAUAUAAUUAUUCAUUUUGGGGCAAAAUUAGAGAUGCAUGAUGGUUCUUCAGCGUCCACUGGAGGGAAUCCCCACUGUAUGCUCUCGCGUAGCACCUGACUGCUGAGCAUCUUUUAUAUGAACAGUUCUCAGCAGCAAAUGUGAUGUCAGGCCCCUCCCCCUGCAAGUCAAGUGGUAAGAUUUAAGAAUAAGACACAGAGGAGAGUCCAUGCAGAGUGAAGGAACUCCUCUGGUCAAAAGGUAAGCCACUGUCUUAUUUGAAACAAGCAUUUCAAUUCUGUGACUGAAAUUGGUACCUUUUUUUUGUAUCUUGAGGAUAAAUGGUGUAGUGUGUGGUGCUCUCAUAUAGAGAAAUGACAGCCUCUGAUAAAAGUAUGACUAUUGUUGACAGCACCAGUCAAAAGAUUGGAGACACUUUUUCAUGCUUUUGAACGUCUUCAA